AUGGCUCCCAAAAACAAAGCCCAGAAGAUGUCUAUGAGCACCUUCUUGGCCGAUGAAAGCCUUGGCUCUUGGGCUGAUGAGAUGGAGGAUAUGCCCCUUCCUUCCACCCAGCCUUUGACAUCCACCUUCAGCCGUCGCCCCGCGGGUGAUUUGGCAUUCGGCUCUGGCUCCACCGGCGGUUUUGAGCGCGAGCGUGGUGGAUAUGCCGUCCGGGAGCCUCUUGAUCUCCCCACCCAGCCCCCCUACACUUGCCACGUUGGCAAUCUUUCCUUCGAAUCAACUGAGGCCGAUAUCUCCGAGCUUUUCUCUGCAUGUGGCGUGACGAGCGUCCGUCUCGUCGAGGACAAGUUGACAAAGGCCCCCAAGGGUUUCGGAUAUGUCGAGUUUGAGACCGUCGAGGGCCUGCAGAAGGCUCUGGAUCUGUCUGGCUCGUCUCUCCAGGGACGUUCCAUCCGUACCAGUGUUGCGGAGCCUCCCAAGGAAUCUCGCCUGGAAGGCAAGGAUCUUGACUGGUCCCGACGUGGCCCCCUCCCCGAACUUCCCCAACGCCGUGCGCCUGAGCGCUCCAGCUUCGGACGUGGCAUGGGUGGCGGCUCCGAUGCGGGCAGCGACCACGGUGGCCGCCGCAGCAACUUCGAGUCCGACGGAAAGCCCCGUGACUUCAACAACUGGGAGCGCAAGGGACCCCUUUCGCCCUCUGCCGGUGGCCCGCCUCGCGAGGGUGGCCGCGAGCACAGCAACGACGGACCCGGUUCCAGCUUCCGGAGAACAGAGGCCGCAUGGGGUGAGGGACGUUCCCAGGACGAGGGCUCCCGCCCUCCCCGCCCCGAGCACGUUCGCCCGGAGCCUACACCUACUGCUGCCGAUAUGGACAACCAGUGGCGCGCGAGAAUGCGCCCCGACGAAACCCCCAAGGAGCCCAUCAGCCCCGCCUCCCCCUCUGCCACUCCUGCCGUUCCUGCUGCCCCUGCUGGCCGCCCCAAGCUGAACCUGACCAAGCGCACUGUCUCAGAGAACCCCACCCCCGCCUCAGCCACUAGCGAUUCCAAGGCCAGCCCCUUCGGUGCCGCUCGCCCCAUUGACACCGCUACCCGCGAGCGUCAGGUCGAGGAGAGACGCCAGCUUGCUAUCCGCCAAAAGCAGGAAGCUGCUGAUAAGGCCAAGGCCGAGAAGGCCGAAAAGUUUGCUGAGAAGCAAAAGCAGGCCAAGGAGUCCGCCCCUGCUGUGGACCACAACGGCAAGGAUGCUCUUGAGACCCCCAAGGGUGGUGGCAACUUUGAGAUCCUCCAACGGGCCGGUGAGGAUGGCGAGUUGAGCGCCGACAAGGAGACCGAGGAGACGGCAGCUGCCGCUCCUGCCGAAACCAAGAAGGCCUCCGCUAACGGCUGGAGAGCCCCGGCCGCUGAGGCUGGUGCUGCUGCUGGCGGUGACGACGAGGGAUGGAGCACGGUCAGCGUAAACAAGCGCAACAAGGGCCGUGGACAGACUGGUCGUGGAUUCGCAUAA